CAACAAAUAAAUGAAAUAAUUUAUGCUUUAGAGGGGAGUCCAUGCAUAGUACUUAAUUUUACCUUAAGACAAUCAAAUCAGUCCAUAAUUCCAAUUCUUCACCAUUUUAAAUGCUUCAUAGUAUGAAAAUUAAACUAAUUGGGUCACUUUCUACAUGUUUUAUGAAUGGUUAUGAUUUGGAAUGACCAAUCUUUCAAACAUAAACACCUAUGGAUUUUCCUAGAGAUUUCAGUCAGAUGAUUGUGAAAAAUGAACAAUGGAGAUAAAGGGAUAUAUGCCAAUUUCAGCAAUUUCAGUUUUGAUUCCAUGGGUUUGCCACAUGCUUGGACCUUUCUGAACUGAAGCUCCCUUUUUUUAUUCCAAACCUGCAGGUGGAUCGUAACAAUAUUCCUCAAGCCCCCUGAUUCCCCAACCCAUUCUGAUAGUCCUCCAGAAUCAGGCUUUGAAAGUUACAAUGGUUAGAUAACUAGGAAAGCCACAAGGGAUACCGUGAUGUUUUUUUUUUUUAUAGUAUAAAUGCUUUGUCUUCUUACAAUUAGCAGCCGAAGCCGAAGUGAUGUAACCCUUUAUAAAAGUCAUGUACCGAUCGGGUUCUCACCAUACUUAGUUGGAUCCUGGAUGAAAUUUAACCCUACUUGGUAGAUGAUCAGCUUCAUGAAUAUUGAAAACACGUCAUUGAGAAGGACAUGACAAUGCCCAUUCAGCAGUUUCUACUUGCCGGCGCCAAAUAUUCAAAUAUAAGUUUGGAGGAGAAUGGUUUGUUUGCUAACUCUAUAGCGGCAAUCAAUGGCAUAAGAGUACAGUUUUUCAUUGGAAAAUCAGCCAAAUGGCAUUACAACUAGUGAAGCAACCAUUUUAUAGUUGGGGUUUUCUCCUUGUUCCUUCCAUUCUUUCCAUAAUCCCAGCAGCACAAAAGCAUCUCAUGCCUUCAACUCCCAACUUCCUUACAGAGAGCCACACUGAAAACCUCUGAUCAUCCAGUAAUGGAUCAAGUCCCCAUCUGGGUUCUCUUCAUUUCAUUCCUUCUCCUAUUCCACACUACUAGUUCCAUUGAACCAGAUGUUAGGCAGGCCCUCAUCAAUUUUCUUGGGAGCCUCUCUGGCAGCAAUGGCCAAGCUGCUCAAGCUGCUGGUUGGAAUUUAGACACUGAUCCAUGUUUGGAUGGGUGGAACGGUGUAACUUGUGAUAAAAAGAACCAAUCUGUGCAGAAAAUCUCUCUCGAUGGGCUGAGCCUGGCUGGAAUUCUUGAUGUGGGUUCCCUCUGUACUAAGCAAUCUCUUGCUGCGUCUCUUAAUUAUCUUAGUGUUGGCAACAACAGUAUCAGCGGAGAUGUCCAAAAAGAGAUUGCAGACUGCAAACAACUGGCUCGCUUGAACAUUAGUGGGAACCGAUUCUCAGGAAAACUUCCAGAUUCCCUCCCCAUGUUGAAUAAUUUGAAAAAACUCGAUAUUUCAAACAAUCACCUCUCUGGGGACCUGCCAGAUUUGUCUCGGAUUUCUGGUCUAACGACCUUCCUGGCUCAAAACAACCAGCUCACUGGGAAGGUUCCCAAACUGGACUUUUCCAACCUGGAGCAGUUCGAUGUCUCCAACAACUUGUUCAGAGGUCCUAUUCCAGAUGUUGAGGACCGUUUCAAUGAAAGCAGCUUCUUGGGCAAUCCUGGAUUAUGUGGUGAUCCACUGCCAAAUAAAUGUCCAAAGAAAGUCUCCAAGGAAGAGUUUCUCAUGUACUCGGGCUACGCUUUGAUAGUUUUGGUUUUGAUCAUGUUUGUGGUUUUCAGGCUUUGUAAACGGAGGACAAAAGAAGAGAAAGUCGAUGCAACAAACAAGAUUGUAGCAGUGGAUGAUAGUGGCAAGAAGCCUAGUGCUGAAUCAAGUGGAUACAAAACAGGCCUGAGCAGAUCAGACUUUUCGGUUAUUUCAGGUGAUCAAAGUGCUUUGGUGUCGAGCACAUCACUAGUAGUUCUUACUAGUCCAGUGGUAAAUGGGUUGAAGUUUGAAGAUUUACUCACUGCUCCUGCUGAGUUGCUUGGGAGAGGAAAGCAUGGCAGCCUCUAUAAGGUCAUUUUCGACAAAGGGAUGACUCUGGUUGUGAAAAGGAUUAAGGACUGGGCAAUUUCAAGUGAUGAAUUUAAGAAGAGAAUGCAGAGAAUAGACCAAGUGAAGCAUCCAAACGUAUUGCCUGCCCUUGCCUUCUACUGUUCCAAACUGGAGAAGCUCUUGAUCUAUGAAUAUCAGCAGAAUGGCAGCCUCUACCAGCUUCUCAGUGGGGACCAACCAUUGGGCUGGAGCAGCAGGCUCAAUCUUGCAGCUACCAUUGCAGAAGCAUUAGCCUUCAUGCAUCAGGAGCUUCAUUCAGAUGGGAUUGCCCAUGGUAACCUGAAGUCCUCCAACAUUUUACUAAACAGAAACAUGGUCCCAUGCAUUAGCGAAUACGGGCUAAGGGAGGCAGACAGUAAAGAACUGCCAUCACUUUCCGCUACAAAUAGCCGUAGAGCCAUUGAGCAAACUGGUGCCACUUCAUCCAACAGCACCUUCAAUGCAGACAUAUAUGCGUUUGGUGUGAUUCUCCUGGAGCUACUAACUGGAAAACUAGUCCAGAACAGUGGAUUCGACUUGGCUGGAUGGGUUCACUCAGCGGUCCGAGAAGAAUGGACAGUAGAGGUUUUUGACAAGAGGCUAAUUUCCCAUGGUGCAAGUGAAGCAAGGAUGGUAGACCUGCUACAGGUAGCCAUAAAAUGUGUGAACCGUUCCCCUGAGACCAGGCCAACCAUGAGCAAAGUUGCUUAUAUGAUCAACGCAAUAAAAGAGGAAGAGGAGAGAUCCCUGGUUUUUGAGGUCUGAAUCAUUAGAAAGCAAAUGCCCUCAUUCAUCAAAAUCAUAGAAAAAAAAAUAAAAUAAAAUAGCUCAGACAGAGGAAAACUUUCAUUUUUCCCUAAUCUGCAUUUCAGCUUUCCUUUCUACUUUAAGAAUCUGAAAUUGCUGUACUACAAAAAUUCCAAGAUUUCAUUUCAAUAAUGGCAGCAUUAAGUCUUAUAUGAGUCAAAUAUAUAAAUGAUCAAGUGUUGGCUCUCCACUUGCUUUUCCUUUUACAUGGGAAAUUGAUGUCUGUCAAGAAUAAUUGCCUUCUUCUCACUUCUCAGUUGGUUUCUUUGAUAGGGCAAUCUCAU